UCCACCACCGCAACAGCAGGUGACGGUGGGUUCUCUGGGCGGCGGUUUAGGUGGUGCCGGAAAUGGCGGUACCGCCACGGUAGGCGCGCAAGGCCAAGCCAUGGUGAUGCCGGGUUUCCCGCUUCGUGCAGCAGCGGUGCCGCACUACUCUCCGUAUUCGCCGUCGCGUUUUCACAUCGACAAGCGUUGUCAGCACAGAUGCUCCUGGAAAUGCUUCUCGAUCGCUCUAAUUCUCCUGGCCGUAGCGUUGACGGCGAUGCUGGCGUACUUUGCUGCAGUGAGUUCUAUGCGCCCGAUAGACAGCACUAACUGCAUUCUGGUUCAAGAUAUCAAGGCUGUCACUCACGAAAAUGCACACAUCCACGAUUCGAUAUCCACGCAGAUACCUACAGAAGAAUCCCUGCCGACGAGUACGGCGGAGCAUUCGAGCGCCGCGGACAGCGCCGGUGAUCAGCAAAGCGAUCCGCAGAUCCAGCAAUCUGCGCAGCAAUGGCCGGCCGUGCUCGAAUUGCAGGCCUACAAUGUUGCGCACUCCGCCGUUAUUCAGCCGUAUCACUUCUGGAACACCGAGUUCCGCAACAAACAGCCGGCAUUCAUCAGGCUGAACUUGACCCUGCCGUGGGGCGCAAAUUUCGCCGUGUACGGCAGGCGGAACGUCGCGCCUAGCGUCACGCAGUAUGAUUUCGUCGAGUUCGUGAAGGGUGGCAGGGUGGUUCACAGGCUGAAGAGGGACAUCACCGCAGAGGCUGUCAGCUUUAUGCAGGCUAGCGGCCCGCAGGACGUUCGCGUGGAACGUGCGGCACCACCAGCCACAUCCUAUCAACACGUACUCAUCAAGAGGACCAUUGUGGAACCGCUGAUGGUCAACGUUAGUCUACUGCAAUACUUCGACACCGGCGAUUGGUUCCUGUCCGUGUACAACGACGAGUUGCAACCUUACAAAGUUACCUUGGUCGUGACGGAAGCCGAAGGUGUUUCGACCACGUGUCCCAAUGAUUGCUCGGGACGUGGAUCGUGCUAUCUUGGCAAGUGCGACUGUAUAGAUGGAUAUCAGGGUGCUGAUUGCAGCAAAAGCGUAUGUCCGGUUUUGUGUUCUUCUCAUGGGCAAUACGGCGGAGGUAUGUGUCACUGCGAGGAGGGCUGGAAAGGCGCAGAGUGCGACAUACCAUUAGGCGACUGCCAAGUUCCUGAUUGCAAUCAACAUGGUCAGUGCGUUAGAGGAUCCUGCGUCUGUAUUCCAGGGUGGAAGGGCGCCUUCUGUGACGAACGUAAGUUAGCGACAUUCGUGACAAAGGGAAACAAUUUAAUGAAAUCUAGAAAAAGAUACGAGACAUGCCAUGACGAUUGGACCGGAACGAAGUGUGAUCAAAAGCCAUGCGAUUCGCGUUGUGCCGAGCAUGGUCAGUGCAAAAAUGGAACCUGCGUGUGCAGUCAAGGAUGGAACGGAAGACACUGCACAUUACCUGGAUGCGAAAAUGGAUGCAGUCGCCACGGACUGUGCACUCUGCAGGACGGCGAAUACAGUUGCGAUUGUUCCACCGGAUGGGCCGGUAGAGAUUGCAGCAUACGACUCGAAUUGGAAUGUAAUGAUUACGUUGACAAUGACGAAGAUGGCAUGAUGGACUGCUCUGACAGCGAGUGCUGCUCGCACGAAGCUUGUUCAGAACAUAUCAUGUGCCUUGCUAGUAAUAAUCCUGUGGACGUUCUCCUUCGAAAACAACCACCCAGCGUCACAGCGUCCUUUUACCAACGGGUGAAAUUCCUCGUCGAGGAGAACAGCGUACAGAGCUACGCCCACAUGGACGAGUACACGGAAAGAGCACGCUCGCUCCAAACGAGAAAGAUGGUCGCGGAUACAAGCGCUCUGCCAAUGUUUCGUUUUAAAUCAGCAUUGCGCGGAUUAAUGGGUCGACGAAACGAUCCCGCUUCGGUGGACCCCGAUAUAUCUGUAAUUUGUAACAGUCGAGUUGCGGUGAUGCGAGGCCAAGUUGUUACCGAACAAGGACUCGGAAUAGUAGGCAUCAGAGUGUCCGUGGACAGGGACUCGCGCUUUGGAUUCACCUUAACCAGAGCAGAUGGAUGGUUCGACGUCCUGGUCAAUGGCGGAGGCGCCGUGACGCUUCAAUUCCAGCGUAGCCCCUUCAAACCUCUCACGAGGACCGUCUUCGUACCCUGGAAUCAGAUCGUGGUCCUGCCACCCGUUGUGAUGAUCCUCAGCAAGGAAGGCGAAUCGUACAAAUCCAAUCAACCGCCGAGCCCGGCAGUCGGCUUCCCAGGGAUCUCGAUGGGACUCUUUAGUGAGCAUGGUCCGUGCUUGGAGCACGAUCACGAGACGUUACGGCCAAUUAUCGUUAGCACAUGGAUGCCGGAAAAAGUUGGCGGAUUGCCUGGAAAGAGCUUGGUCUUUGCUGAAAGUCAAAUCGUGCAGGAAAGCAUUGCUAUUCCGGGCUCCAAUCUCCACUUGAUGUAUCAAAGCAGUCAGGCUGCAGGCUAUCUCUCUACCGUGAGAAUGCAACUGACCGGACCGUUCAUUCCGAAAUCGCUGACGCACGUACACGUGCACGUCGAGAUCGAGGGCUCGCUUCACACGAAAACGUACGAGGCCGACCCAAAUUUGACGCACACGUUUGCUUGGAACAAGAGAAACGUUUAUAAGCAAAAGGUAUACGGCGUGGCGCAGGCGAGGAUCUCGAUCGGCUAUCAGCAUUCCACUUGUCCGUCCGUGAUAUGGGAGACGCAGACGGCCACUUUGCAAGGAUUCGAUGUCGAUAUCUCCGAUAUCGGCGGCUGGGGACUCGACAUCCAUCACCAUUACAACUUCCACGAAGGGAUCCUGCAGAAAGGCGACGGCUCUACUCUACAUUUCAAACAGUAUCCGCGCACUGUGAAGGUGGUAAUGGGUACCGGCCUCCAAAGGAGUUUGGUGUGUCAAAAUUGCGAUGGUCUCGCUAAGGAUGCUAGACUCUUGACGCCAGUGGCACUCGCUAGUGGACCCGACGGCAGCAUAUACGUCGGAGACUUCAACCUUGUACGCAGAAUCACGCCUGAAGGGAAGGUUUACACUGUAUUGAUUUUGAGUGCAACUCAAGUGGCAUAUCAAUACUAUCUGUGCAUCUCGCCGGCUGACGGACACUUGUACAUCAGCGAUCCAGAGAAACAUCAGAUAUUGAAGGCGCUUUCGCUAGAACAAGUCCAUGACCCUAGUAUUAAUAUCGAACCCGUUGUUGGAAGUGGCGAGAGAUGUAUCCCAGGUGAUGAAGGUCAUUGCGGCGACGAAGGUCCAGCCAUCAAUGCCAAAUUGGCCCAUCCAAAAGGUAUCGCAAUUGCGGCUGAUAAAACGAUGUACAUCGCUGACGGAACGAACAUUCGUGCUGUUGAUCCUCGAGGUAUCAUACAUACGCUCGUAGGACAUCACGGUCAUCAUAAUCAUUGGUCACCUGCUCCUUGCAUUGGAGCCAUUCCCGCGCAUCAGGCUCAAUUACAAUGGCCCACCGGAUUAACUUUGAGCCCAUUGGACGGAUCCCUGCACUUUAUUGACGACAGGCUAGUCCUAAAACUUACCAGCGACCUGAAAGUGCGCGUAGUUGCUGGCACGCCUCUUCAUUGUACCAGCAAUGCAAAUAACAACAAUAAUGGCAAUAGCGAACUUCCGAAACUGAACUCGUCGAUAACGACGAAUCCGAAAAAACCGGACGAAGUACUUGGGUCGGUGUUGGCUGUCGGUUUCAGUCCAACCGGCGAGCUAUAUAUAGCGGAUCGUGAUUCUCAUCGAGUGAACUCUAUCAGGAUUGUCGAUUCCUCCGGAAAGAUGUCACAUUUCGCGGGCCAGCAGCAGGAAAGAUUGCGUGGCCAAUGCGAGUGCAACAACACUACACCUAGCACCAAAGACAUGGACACGUGCACCUGCAUGGACGAUACUAGCAGCACUGAAACGCUCUUGUCGUCGAAUGCCAAGUUUACCGCGAUAUCCGCUUUGGCAGUUUCGCCAGAUGGUGUUCUGCAUGUGGCCGAUCAAGGCAGUCUUCAUAUUUUGGCUCUUCAGCCGUAUCUUCCGAAUCACGACGAGAACGGAGAGUUCCGCAUUCCAUUCCCGCCUUCGAACGAGGUCUACGUGUUCAAUCGCUACGGUCAACACAUCUCCACGAAGGAUUUGACGUCCGGGAAAACUCGCUAUUCCUUCUUGUACAGCAAGAACACAAGUUUUGGCAAGUUGUCCACGGUGACGGACAGUGCAGGCAAUAAAAUUCAGUUUCUACGAGAUUAUAGCAGUGUCGUUAGCUCUAUCGAGAAUACUCAAGAUCAUAAAUCCGAGCUGAAGAUCUCCGCAGUUGGAUUCUUAGAGAAAUUGUCCGAACGCGGCAGGGCGGAGAUUGCUCUGGGUUAUGACGGCUCGACCGGUUUACUUACGAGUCGAUCAGGAGGGGAUGAAACAUAUAUAUACAAUUAUGAUAGUUUGGGACGUGUCACCGAUGUAAUACUGCCAACAGGCGAGAAAUUAAAAUUAUCUUCGGACUUAUCUGACGACGAAGGUUUAUUGGUUAAAGUGUCUGCCCCGUUGCAAGCUUUAUCGAAGGGCGAUAAACAGCGAAUCGUAGAGUAUGAGAUGAAAAAUGAAAAAUCGAAGAUGUUGACAGUCACUGACGGCACUAAGCUGAUGAAAGCAAUCGCAUUUACGAACAGCAGUUUAGAAGUUCUUUUACCUGGUGGCGGUAGAGUGCUAAGUGCGGCCAUGACUAAACAUCCGUUACUGAAGCCGUCUUUACCAGUAGAAGCGGAGAUGUUACCCAUGUGGAGCUAUCAAUUAAUGUCAUUGGGUGAAUUGACGAAUACCAUGACAACAACGUACAACUUGGUCGGAGACGUUAGCCAACCUCAGCAAACGCUCAACAGAGAGAUCUGGGUAAACGACACGCGAGUAAUAAGCGUCGAAUUCGAGCAAGCAUCCAGCCGCGAAACUUUUUACGACAAAACGGGGACUCCUCUGUUGACGGUGACCUUUGACCCAGCCGGCCUACCGUUAAUCUGGCAACCGUAUGAGCAGGGUCACAAUCUUAGCAUUAUCUAUGACCGAUUCAACAGGAUCAACAGCUGGAAAUGGGGUGCCUCCGACGAAUCAUACGAUUAUGAUCGACAUGGUCAAUUAGCAGAAAUCACCAACAGCAAAGAUGGUACAAAGCGAUAUACUUAUAAUGACUUUAAUAUGCUGUCGAAGAUUACGCUUGCCAGUAAUAGACAGUUCUCUUUGCAAUACGACGACGACGGUGGGCUACGACAUAUCAUUCUACCAUCGGAAACCAAACAUUCCUUCUCUUGUCAGGCGUCUCUCGGUUUUCUCAGGGUGACAUAUACUCCACCUGGCAGCAUCAGAGCCUAUCUACAACACUAUAGUCACGAUGGGAACCUGCUACAAACUGUGUUCCCAGGGGACGGAGCUCGUAUUGUCUACAGAUAUCACACUUCGGGUCAAUUGGCGGAGAUCGUUCACGGUGAUGGCAAAAGUGAAAUCAGAUACACUGAGAGCGGAUUACCCUCCGAAGUGAUACACACCGAGAGAGAUGUAGAGUACAAGUGGGAUUAUCAAUACAGCGCGGGACUUUUAGUGGAGGAGCGCAUAGAUUUUGGUGCUAAGACCGGCCUGAGCAAUGCCAAAUUCACGUUUGAAUACGAUUCGAACUUCCGACUGAUCGCAGUACAGGGUAGAAUAGGCGGCCAGACAUUGCCACCACACACCAUGGCUUAUAGUCCAAGGUCAGGCACAUUAGAGCAAAUCGGCCAGUUUAAAGUAACACGACCGCAAUCGAAUGAGACGACUGUAUUCGACGGCACCGCGUUAUUCUCGCGCACAACAGAUGACCGGUUCCUAGAGACUCAAGUCACGGUGACGAUCCAUCGAAUGGAGGUAUUCAGGAUGGAAUUCACACAUGAUUCACGCGGUCGAAUCAAUCAGACGAGAACGUACACGCGCAACGUCGCCGUUAAUACAUACACUAAUGUAAAAAAUUACACAUGGGACUGUGACGGUCAGUUGACCGGUGUCGAGGCACAGGAACCGUGGGGUUUCAAAUACGACGCCAACGGUAACAUGCUGUCACUCACAUAUCGAGGUAAUACGAUCCCGAUGGAGUACAAUGCCAUGGAUCGAAUAGUCAAGUUCGGCGAAGGUCUGUAUAAGUACGACAACCGAGGUCUGGUGGUGCAAAACGCGAGAGAAGAGAGAUUCAAUUACAAUGCCAAAGGACUUCUCGUACGCGCCAUCAAACGCGGCCGCUUCGACGUGCGAUACUAUUACGAUCAUCUGGAUCGCCUGGCCACGAGAAAGGACAAUUACGGCAACGUCACGCAGUUCUUCUACAACAAUCAGAAACGACCGCACGAAGUGAGCCAGAUAUACAGUCCGCGCGAUGGUAAACUGAUGUCAUUAGUCUACGACGACAGGGGACAUCUCAUUUACGCACAAGUAUACCGACACAAAUAUUACAUUGCUACUGAUCAGUGCGGUACACCCAUUAUGAUCUUCAAUCAGUAUGGUGAAGGCAUCAGGGAAAUUAUGCGAUCGCCUUACGGCCACAUCGUUUACGAUUCAAAUCCAUAUCUUUAUUUACCGGUUGACUUCUGUGGAGGACUUUUGGAUCAGGUCACUUCCCUAGUUCAUAUGCCAAACGGUAAGGUUUACGAUCCGCUGAUAGGCCAAUGGAUGUCGCCGCUUUGGGAGAACGUUUUAGAUCGCGUAGACAAGCCGACGCACCUACAUCUUUAUAGAUUUAACGGAAACGAUCCGAUUGAUGUUAGACAUACGGACAGACCAAGUCAACCAACCGAUCACAUAUCAUGGCUGUCGCAUCUCGGAUAUGAUCUGAAGAGCUUAGCGCCGCAGUUGUUCCCGGAUGAACUGCCGGAAAGUCUUAUUCCGCGGGCACUUGGUCCGGGAACCUCUAUAUUUGGUAAGAAGAAGAGAACGCGCAAUCUGGGCGUCCAGUCUGGUUUCCUCGCUCAUAUCGCUCAGAGGCACUCGGGAGAUGCGAUGAGCCUGUCCGCACCUCCGCGAUCAGCCCUGAAGAAAGAUACCAGCGAGUUGAUACCCAGCCGGCUAGGUGCAGCGUCCGAUCCGCCAUUCGGCAAAGGUAUCCUUGUGUCGAGAACUGCCGACGGCCAGGCGGUAGUGUCCAGCGUGCCCAGUGCUAAUGCUAUUUAUGGUGACGUGUUCACAUCUGUGUUCAAUCGCUCGUACUUCCUGCCGUUCACAUUCGUCGUGCAUAGCGCGCAGCAGGACGCCUUCUACUUCGUCAAAGAGGAAACCUGGCGCGCCAGCGAGGAUCGCGGUCAGCUGAAACGUUUAGGAGGUCAAGUGAACACGACGUUCCACGAGAACGAAAACGGCAGUGGUAGUAGCUCGCUAAUUGAUGUAAAAAUACACGGCGCCAGCUAUGUUGUAAACCUGCGCUAUGGCACCACAGCGGAAAAAGAAAAGCAGAGACUACUGCAUCACGCGAAGACGACCGCCAUUAGGAAGGCAUGGCAUCGGGAACGCGAGGCUCUCAAAGCGAACACACCUACGUCCGUCGAAUGGAUGGUCGCCGAGCAGGAUGAAAUAAUAAAAAUUGGCUUCUCGUCCAACUAUGACGGCGAGUACAUACACGACGCGCAACAGUACCCUGAGCUCGCGGAAGAUCCCUAUAACAUCAAAUUCGUGAAAAAGGCUGUCGACCAGUCAAAUAAGAAGCGACGCAGGAGGAGAGGCGCGCCGUCCUGUAAGCUCUGGUGGUUAGACAAAAUGUGCUAGAGUGAUUUGAGAGUCAGUCGUAUCGUCCCCUCGCGCGGGGACAUUGUCCAGUAUCGAGGCCGCAGAAAUUUUCGAGUGAAACACCGGAAAUAGAAACAGAGAGAGAGAGAGAGAGAGAGAGAGAGAGAGAGAGAGAGAGAGAGAG